GGAGAGACAGUGUCCCUGUUUUUUUCGGCUUUUUUUCGGGUGAACUGAAAUGAUGUUGACUCAACGUGCCAGCAGCCAGCCAGGCGCUAACGGUAACAGCGGCAGCAACAACGAGAACAACAACAACUACAGCAACAACCUGACAACGAGACAACAACUGCGCUGUAGUUGUGGAAUUCGCAGUGGCUAAUAAGUGUGUUUUCCACGCUGCUUGGCAAAUAACUAACGCAAAAUUACACAAAUUGUGUGCGAAAAAUUAAAUGUUGAAGGUGAAGAAAAAGUGUCGUUACAGAAAGUUCAUAAAGUGUGUGCUGAUAACGGGGAUAAAAAAAAACGCAAAUCUUUUGAAUGAGCAAGAGAAAAUGAGAGAGUCGGCCAAUGAGCGAGAGAGAGAUAGGACGAGAAGGAGAGAGUGAGAGGCGGUGGAAAAAAUUCGUCAUUCAUUCACAAGUGCAAUGUGAAAAACAACAACAGCAACAGAGGGGCUGAAAUAGAGCGGCUUAGGCAACAAAUAAAACAAAUAAAAAAAAAACGGGGAAAUGAGUGAAGCGCGUGCUUAACCUAAAAGUGCAGGCCACUCACCCACACAAUUACACACAAUCAGGAACUCAAACAGGCUAGCACACACACACACACAUACAUAUGCAUAGAUGUGAAGUCCCACACUCAAAUUCAUGCUCUUUGUUUUCCACUUCCGCUAUUCGCAGACAACAACAACAACCAACAACCGCAACAACUACAGCAACAAUCGAAUAACAACAACAACAAUGCAUAGUUCCUGCUGAGUAGCUUUUUUGUAUAAUCGAAUGAGUGUCCUUUUGUGUAUGUUUGUAUGAGAUCCAAAUCCAAGGUAAACCAAGAUGAAAUCCAAUCGAGCAACAGCAACAACAACUACCGCAGCAACAACUAAACACUGCCGCCUACAAACAAUAAGUUAACAACAACAACAGCUGAGAGGAAUAGAAAACCCCUGAAGACAGGAAGAAAGCUAAAAAGACGAUGGAAAGUGGCCAACCCUUGUAGCUAGCUUGAAUUUCCCUUAGGAAAAGGAACAACCAAGAAAACAACCCAAAGGAACAACCCACGCAACAACAACCAACCACAACGAACAACAACAGCCCACAAAAUAAAACUAUAGCAAAAGUUUAAGGUAAUCACAUACAAGAACAACAAUCUACAGAACAAUCUCCAGAAAUACCAACUAACAACAACUGCCAAGUAUAACAAUCUUCAACAACAAUUGACAACGAUAUCCAACAACAAACGAAACAAACAAAACAACCAAAACUUACAACAUUAGUGCAGAAAGUAAGAGUUUUUAUACAAUCAGUUCUCCCAGAAAAACCUUUGACAACAUCUAAAUUAUAAACUUAACAUUACAACAAUAACUACAGAAAAUCAACAACUUCGACAACGAAAAGGUUAACAACUAGCUGUUAUAGGAAUACAGAAACCUUCCCGGCAUUUGCUAAAACGUAAAAAACAUUCCAAAAACUAAAACAAUGUGCUUACCAAAAUCAUCAAUAUUAAAUCUAUAGGCUUAGUUCAUAUGAAUGGCAAACAACUAACGAAAACUCGCACAUUUUAAAAACAACUAAGAAUGCUUAACUUUUAAUUAAUGUUGUGGGCUACGCAAAACGACAGUAUCUUAGAUCUACGGCUUCCAUAAGUUUACUUAAACCAAGUUAACGAGAGUGUUAAUAUAUAUGCAUAACCAAAAUACCUACAAAAUACGCUAAUCAUUUCACGUAAAAUCACAAAUUUGUACAAGUAUUUAUAUGUUUAGCAAAAAUUCACAAAACGCACAAAUCCAUUAACGAUAAUUAAUGUUGGGCCUACAACAAAUAUUAACAAACUAACAAGUAGUGUUAUAAACGAUUUGAGAAGACAAAUUAUGAAAAGUAAAUUGAUUAUAAUUUAACAACUAUACAAUUUUUGGUAAAAUAAAAAUUUACUAAAAAUAUACCAAACAUUUGAUAAGACAGCAAAGAUAUUCAACAAUCAUUUUAAACAACUCACCAAUUAUUCAACAACGAACCACCAUUGCAAAUCUAGCAGAUUCUACAAGAUGGAUUGUAUAUCUCAUUGACUAAGAGAGACCCCCGAUAGUAAUUAAAUAGUAAACUAUUUGUUGCGGCACAGCGAAUAGAGUAAUGGAAACUAUAAUAAGCUAACAAAGAGAUUUCACCAAUCAGUUUCAACAAGUCCACAUAGCAAUUGCACAAGAAAUCCAGCGGAUUGUUCAAGAUGGAGCGCAUGUGGCGAAAAGUGAAUCACAGUUUGCGCAACACAUCCAAAUCACAGUCACAGCAGCCGUCAGGUGGCGAGGCAAUCGCCGGUGGUGGUGCCGGCACAGGAGCCACUGCAGCCACACCCCAAUCCACGGAUACGAUUAGUUCGGCGGGUGGCUUUGGCGAUGGUCAGCUGGUGGUCGCCGUGCAGGGAUUGCCCAGCGGUGGUGGCGGAUCAGGAAUUGGCGCCACCGGCGGCAGCAAUGCCACGGGCAGACGCCUGGCCAGCAGUGGCGGCGGUUGCAACAAGUCCCUGAGCCAGCAUGUCCUGCAGACACGUACCGCAUCCUCGGAGCGCCGCAGACGACGCAGGCGGAAGAGUCGACCUCGACGCGGAGGCGGAAUGGGAGCAGUCACCAGUUGCGUCGGGGAUCCCGGCGGCGAUAAUAUGUCUUCCUCGGGCGGCUUCUACACCCUGAAGGAGCACCAGCACUAUCGCCCCAGUCACCAUCAUGGCGGGGGCGUUUCCGGCGGAGGAGGCGGCUCCUCGCGGCGUCUGUUCGCCACUUCGGCGCCCAGCGGCACGGUGAUGAUGUACCCGAAUCCCCAGCGCGCCGCGGCCCUGGGACCAUCUGGAGGAUCUGGUGCCGGACAGGCAUCCACUUCGGCGGGAGGAGGAGGAGGUGGAGCUGGAGGAGGAGCGGCCGGAUCUGGAGCUGGAGGACCGCCGGACAUCUCGCUGCGACAGCGGGCGGUGGCCAAGUUGCGCAUGUUCAACUUCCACCUCAACUGGGAUCUGCACAUGACGCACUGCAAGCCCUGCGGGUGAGUAGCGCUGCUGCACUGAAAGAAAAAUCAUUGCCUGUUUG